GAACUGGUUUCACAACGAAAAUAAUCACACUCGCUUACGUACAAAACGAGAGUCAUGUUCGUAGAUUUGUUGUAUACGUAUUUACGGAUAUGCGAGUUCAGUCGAUAUUUGCAUCGAUUAUCAUCGGAGUAACCAUAUAUGCCGAUGGUCCGAGGUACCCGGGAGCAUUACUUGCGCGCUGAACGGGUAGCGUUACAUACGCUUGGCGAGUAUUGCGUAUGAAGGAACGAAGCGAAAGAUAUAGUGCAUUAAAGCGCCAAAGGUUGCACGCGAAGCGGCGCCACGCCCGCUCCCCCCAAGCGGAACGGUUAGUCAGCGGGGUCGGAGGAGAAGCUGUUAGUCGGCGCAGUCGCUCGCCGCGUUUUAUGCAACUAGUCUUGCUUCGGAGCGAGUGAAUCUACUCCUCCAGCUUUUGACAGACGGGGGAGAGCGUGUGCAGUGGGCAUCGGUGUCCGUCUGGCCGCUUCUUGCUGGUCGGUCCUUGUCAAUUGUACGGGCCCGGCUGUUCCGACGGGGCAACCGAUUCGGCCCGAUUCGGUUUCCUUCGUGGCCGAGACAUAGCCAACACGAUCGUGUAAAACGGCCGUACUACGUACAACGUAUUUUCCGUCCGGUUCCGUGUGCUGACUUUGCCGGCGUGAAUAGGCUGAGGAGGCUCGAAGGCGGUGUCGAUCCGGUGUGUGUACUGACACCAGCACCGGGAACCAGUCAAGAAUUAACCACGUACGGAUUUUGGGUUAAAAUACAGAGCUCGGUUAUACGGUUCCGAACUCGUGUCUACUGAUCGAGUGCCAGUGCGACAACGGUCGGGCGUGCUUACACGGGUGUAUCAUCCACGACUGUGUACAUAUAGAUGUGUGUAUGUGCGUAACGUGUGCGUAGAGGAAAACAAAUUCGUUACUGUUACGGGAACGAAAGAGAUAGCCGUCGGCCCGUCACGGAGAGUGGGAGGAGGAGAGGCGGCCGUGAAUCCACGAUACCUGGCUACGUUCACGCCGCCCGCAUAUUCUGCACGAAACGACCCGAAAUAACGGACGUCAGCCGAGACCACCGGAGGAGAGGAACCCGUAUCCUGCACGCCUUUCCGAAUUAUUACGAAUUCGUAUAGCUUCGACGCGCCUUUUGGCGCGUUCAGCAUCCUCGUUCGGUCGACUUCCUCGACCUCCUCGUCGCCACUAUGGCGGACGACGAGGUUCUCUUCGACGAGGUUUACGAGCUCUGCGAGAUUAUCGGCAAGGGCCCAUUCAGCGUUGUUCGGAAAUGCAUUCACCGUCAGACGGGGCAGACUUUCGCCGUGAAAAUCGUCGACGUGGCGAAGUUCACCUCCAGCCCUGGUCUAAGUACAAAUGAUCUGAAGCGGGAGGCAACGAUAUGCCACAUGUUGAAACACCCCCACAUUGUAGAGUUGCUCGAAACGUACAGUUCAGAGGGUAUGCUGUAUAUGGUAUUCGAAUUUAUGGAUGGCUCUGAUUUAUGCUUCGAGGUCGUUCGGAGAGCAACUGCUGGCUUCGUCUAUAGUGAAGCAGUUGCCAGCCAUUACAUGCGACAGAUCCUGGAGGCGUUACGCUACUGCCACGAGAACGAUAUAAUUCAUCGUGAUCUAAAGCCGCAAUGCGCCCUCCUGGCGGGCAAGGAAAAUUCCGCGCCGGUGAAGCUACGCGGGUUCAGCGUCGCCGUGCAACUUCAGUCCUGCCAGGCGAACGGCGUCGAAUGUUACACGACCGAGUAUCGGCAGUGUCUGAGCCCAAAGGGGCAGCUCUACUUGAAGGCCGACAGUGAGGGUCGUGUCGGGUGCCCGCACUUCAUGGCGCCGGAAGUGAUCCAGCGAAAACAAUACGGGAAGCCCGGUGACGUCUGGUCAGCCGGCGUGCUGCUUCACGUGUUACUGACCGGCACGCUGCCGUUCGUCGGAUCGCAGGACAGACUGCGCGAGGCGAUCUGUGCAGGACGAGUACAGAUGAAUUCGCCGCUCUGGGACUCCAUUAGCGAGCCCGCAAAGGACCUCAUCCAAAGAAUGCUCACGACAGACGUAAAUCACAGGAUUACCAUUCAGGAAGUGCUCAACCACAAAUGGCUCAGAGAUCGUGACAAGGGCGUGGCCCGAAUACAUUUAGCCGAAACUAUAGAAGAGCUUAAGAAAUUCAAUGCGAGGCGAAAGUUGAAGGAGGCUGUAAAGGGGGUGGUAACGUCGUCGAGAUGGCACACCGGCUACUCGGAAGUUAAUGGCGAUAGUUUUUUCGAUGUAGGGGAUGAUAAAUACACGACUUCAGGUCCUGUAGCUGAUAUUUUAGACUCUCUAGACGAUAUUGAGCUACUUCAAGAGGGUGGAAGACUGACACGCUACGACAUUCUCGACGCGAUCCACGACCAUCGCCUUCGAGCGUCUUUACAGCUUUACGAUAUGAUCUCGACUCGAGUUCCAACACCAUGUCGAGCGCCGCAGGCAGACGCGGUGCAACGUGCACGGGAAGUCGAGGAACUUUUACGAGAAAUAGAGCACUCAGCAAUACGAAACAUCGAUAGAGCCGAUCUCAGGGAGCUUCACGAGCUUCUGGUCCAGCCGCAUAUGAGGGCGCUGUUGCAAGCGCACGAUGUAGCCGGACACGAAGUUUACGGCGAAGAAGCCACGAGAGUGACGCCGCCGCCUCUUCUCCCUUAUCUGAACGGAGGCGAUGAUCUCGAGGGUCAGGACGGUGAUCUAGACCUCGAAAAUGUGACGCGUGUCAGGCUGGUCCAGUUCCAGAAGAACACCGACGAGCCGAUGGGAAUCACUUUAAAAAUGAACGAAGAUGGCAAAUGCGUGGUAGCACGAAUUAUGCACGGUGGAAUGAUACACCGACAAGCGACUCUUCACGUCGGUGAUGAGAUCCGAGAAAUUAACGGGAUACCGGUGGCCAAUCAGUCUGUCAAUGCGUUGCAAAAGAUACUCCGUGAAGCACGAGGAUCGGUGACCUUCAAAAUUGUGCCGUCGUACAGAAGCGCGCCGCCACCCUGUGAGUUGUUCAGGAUUAAGCCUCUGCCAGUGUUAAUUUUCGUUCGGGCGCAAUUCGAUUACGACCCGCUGGAGGACGAGCUGAUCCCGUGCGCGCAGGCCGGGAUCGCGUUCAAGACCGGCGACAUCCUGCAGAUCAUCAGCAAGGACGACCAUUACUGGUGGCAGGCGCAGAAGGACAACGCGGCGGGUUCCGCGGGCCUGAUACCUUCGCCUGAGCUCCAGGAACGGCGCAUCGCCUACAUGGCGAUGGAGAAGAACAAACAAGAACAAGAUGCUGAAGGAGAAGGAGGAUGUUCUUCUCACACCGAAGGCUGCGACGGUUCGACAGUGAAUUGCUCAAUAUUUGGCCGAAAAAAGAAGCAAUACAAGGAUAAGUAUCUCGCAAAACACAACGCAGUGUUUGACCCGCUGGAUCUAGUCACCUACGAGGAGGUCGUUAAGCUGCCCUAUCCUGCGUUCCAGCGAAAAACACUAGUCUUAUUAGGAGCCCAUGGUGUUGGUCGUCGGCACAUAAAAAAUACAAUUAUUGCUAAACAUCCCGACAAAUACGCCUAUCCUAUUCCACAUACAACGAGGCCUCCGCGGAACGACGAGGAGAACGGUCGCAAUUAUUAUUUCGUAUCUCACGACGAGAUGAUGGCCGACAUAGAGGCCAACGAAUACCUCGAAUACGGCACACACGAAGACGCCAUGUACGGAACGAAGCUCGAGACGAUCCGUAAAAUUCACGAAGAAGGGAGGGUGGCCAUAUUGGACGUCGAGCCGCAAGCCUUGAAAGUGUUACGCACGGCGGAAUUCGCGCCUUACGUUGUCUUCAUCGCUGCCCCGGUGUUCCAGAACAUGGCCGACUGCGACGGCAGCCUGGAGAGACUCGCGAAAGAAUCGGACUCGCUGAAGCAGGCGUACGGUCACUUCUUCGACCUGACCAUCGUGAACAACGACAUCGAGGAGACGAUCGCGCAGCUGGAGGCGGCGAUCGAGCGGGUCCACACGACACCGCAGUGGGUGCCCGUGUCCUGGGUCUACUGACAACGGACCGUCAGGCCGAUACGUUAACAAAUCACCAGCGCGGACUGCAACGGCUCGUCGAACGUGAAGCUAUGAUCGUCGGAUCGCGAUCCACCGAACGACCGGUCCAAUAAUCGCCGCGAUCGCACCACGGCGAACACGGUAACGUUCGGCUGCACGCGGGUGUGUUCGCCGAAUAUCGCCGCCAACAACGGGACAGACAAGCGCGUACGUACUCGUCGGACCAAUCGAACGAACGACGAUAAUCGUUUCACCGUCGAUCCUUCGACCGACAUCUGCGCCGACCGUGUGAUUCGCUGAGGGCGCGAGUUUGGCCGUGUGUUUGCGAGCUUUGUUUCUUCGUUUAUUCGUCAGUUUGUUCGUUCGUUCGUUCGUUCGUUCGUUCGUUUCCCUUUCCGUUCGUCGUUGAUUCGACGACCAUCACUCUCAGCGCCGUUAUCAUUGCGUACCGGCGUGCGGCGAAGAGAAGAGAAGAGACGAGAAGUCGGGUGGUCGCGCGGUCUCGGGACGCGAAACACGACAAUCAACGAGAAGAGAACGCAAGAGAGUACAACGAUCCGAUCUCGACGUGUAAAGAUAAUCAGCUUUCCUCGGAUCCGACCGUAUUCCCUCGACAGAAUACCAGGGAGGAUCUAAAGCAUCGCACAAAUGAGAUUAUCACCUGGUGAACUCGAUCAAUCGUUACCGACAAAGGAUCAACGUCCCUUGCAACCGAUUGUCCGCGAUUACACGGUUCCCUCUGUUCUCCUCUUCCCGGCCGGUUUCGCUUGUUCUAACUUGUUUCUCUAUCCCUUUCUCGCUGUCCCUCUCUCUCUCUCUCUCUCCCUGCGCUUCUAUCUUUAUCUCUCUGUCUCCGCUGUUUCCUUUUCCGCAUUUUCUCGAGACAUUCCCAUUCGAGCGCCGCGGAAGCGCGCACGAGUCUUAUCACCGUAGAUUUCUUUGCCGAUCCGUGACAAUCGCGAGAUGCCGCGACGGCGGAGCUCGCGCGAGCAUGUUACCAAAGAGCGAUCAAAAAAGAAGCACGAUCCGCGAAGCGAGCAUCUCGCGAUCGACGAGUUGAAGCAGAUUCAGGGAAAACAGGGAUCGUAACGAGGGGGUUUGAGGGUUGGUCGGAGGAGUUACGGGAAGCUGGUCGUUUGAGCUGUUCAUCGUCGACCGAGCGAAAGGUGAUCACGAACGCUUGCGUACCGUUAUAUUCUGAAAUCUGUCGAUCUGUCUAUCCGUGAAAAGAGGAAGGAAAAAAGAGAGAAUCUAUUAUCGGCCCCGAUCGUACCCUCUUGUAAACUAUUUACACGAAGCGAAAGAAAAAUAGGGGAAGAAAGCGAUACGGUCGAUAGUCUGAUUCGCCGUUGAAUAAUCAAUCUUUGUUCGAGUUGAGGAUUAAAGGAAAGAAGGAAAACAAGGGAAAUAAUACUACUACUACUAAUAAUAAUAAUAAUAAUAACUGGACUAUCGACGAA